UUAUAGGGCUCUACACAACUGUUGUUUUAAUCCCCUGGGCGAGGAGAUUUAGCAAAGGAAAAAACACUGGUUUUAAACCCAGCAGCCAUAUUGUAUGGAAAAACGACGGAAAGACUCCGCUUUUCUGAUAAGGUCGUUUACUCAUACACCUCUGGCAAGACUUUUGGGGAGUUUAAUUGUUUUUCUUACUGGCGGUGGGGCUUCUCUCGGACAACUAGCUCGCCAGCUGGUUGAGGAAUUCUCACUUUGGGACUAGUUUUUGAGCAUUUUUACACAGUAUUGUGGUCAUCUCUUUGGUGUAAAGGUGUUAAAAUAACCGUGUGAAACAUGAAGGACCGAUUGGAGCAACUAAAAGCGACGUGUAAUCAAGAUGACGAGGAGGUGGAGAUUUCUAUGGACAACGCGGCCUUCAUGGACGAAUUCUUCUGUCAGAUUGAGGACAUCAGGAGCAGUAUUGAUAAAAUUGAUGAGAAUGUGGCUGAAGUCAAAAAGCUUUUCUCCGUCAUCCUGUCUGCUCCCACGUCAGAUCAGAAAACCCAGGAUGACUUGGCGGCAAUCACCAACGACAUAAAGAAGAUGGCUAACAAUGCAAGAAACAAACUCAAGACCAUCGAGAGGAAUCUGGAGUCAGAGGAGCAGGAGAGGGUGUCGGCUGAUAUACGGAUACGUAAAUCGCAGCAUGCAGUCCUGUCCAGGAAGUUUGUGGAGGUGAUGACAAAGUAUAAUGAAGCUCAGGUGGACUUCAGGGAGAGGAGUAAAGGACGUAUUAAGAGACAACUCGAGAUCACUGGAAAAGCAACAACAGAUGCUGAACUUGAAGAGAUGUUGGAAAGUGGCAAUUCAGCUGUGUUUACGGCAGGGAUUGUGGACGCCGGGGUCUCAAAACAAGCUCUAAGUGAGAUCGAAGCCCGACACAAAGACAUUGUCCGUCUGGAAAGUAGCAUCAAGGAGCUGCACGAUAUGUUUGUAGACAUCGCCAUGCUUGUGGAGAGCCAGGGUGACAUAGUUGACAACAUUGAGCAGAAUAUAUCCAAGUCAGUGGACCAUAUCACAGUGGCUAAGGAACAGACCAAAAAAGCUGUAAGGCAUCGGACCAAAGCCCGCAAGGGCGGGAUGAUUGAGAGGAUUGAGAGCAACAUGGACCAGUCAGUGGGCUUUGUGGAGCGGGCCGUAGCGGACACAAAGAAAGCUGCAAAGUUUCAGCAAGAGGCUCGGCGUAAGAUGAUCGUUAUUGUUGUAGUCUGUGCUGUGGAUGUUCUCAUCUUCCUCAUCGUCAUCCUCACCCAGACACGAUCCCAGGACUGCGGUUUUUAUCAUCAGUUAUUAAUCAUCCACUCCAUCUUAUACUCCGUCAGCUGCGCCGUCAAAGAAAAGACUGAUACUGAUGGCUCCAUAUGGAUAACGUGUUUAACUUUUUUGUUGAAGAAUAAGUGUUGCAUUUUAUCUAUGGAUCAGAAAGAAGACCGCCGAGACUCUGGGAUAUUAAAAGACCUUUUUAUUCAAUCUGACCCGUCCUUCCCGUUCGGUUCGUUUGAGUUCCGCAGGAGGCUCGGACAGUUUGAGGAUGCUCUGCUGCAAAUGAGGACAUGAGACUGAAGCUGAUGAUGCGCGGAGGAGAAGAGAGAAUUGAGAAAUAACUGAUCAUAACGCCAAUCCAGUCUCACUUAACAUUUCAUUGUCUAACAUUCAAUGCCAAAGAAAGUGUUGAGUGAAAUAGAUUUGAAUGUCCAGUUAGCGGGACCUUUGUGAAGCCUUGUAGAAGCACAUCAGCUCCCUCGUCACAAUUAUUGCCUUUUUAUGAGCCUUGACACAUUCUGUGAUUGAAAAGCUAGCUACUGUAUAUUCACUGUACUAGGAAUGUGUCUGUUUAGAGGGGGUUUAGCACUUUCACAUUUCAAAUUAUGUCUUAUUUUUUAAAUUAAGCUCAGACGAUCAUUUGAGUAAUGGGGUUGUUUUAUGUGUAGAUAUGCAGCCCUGAAUAGUCUCAGUUCUUUUAACUUGAAGAGGAUCGGUGUGCUCACUUAUGAUUCUUCAGUUUGGAGAGCUCAGUGGUUCUUAUUUUAAAUAUGAAGGAAGUCCUCAUGGAAACCCAUUUCAAACACCGGUGGAGCUUAGAUGAGCAAAAAAACAAACAAGCUCGUGCAUUAACAUGUAUCCGUUGCUUUAAGGCUUGAAAUGCCUGAAUAUUUGUUUUGUAUCUUUGCUAACUUGAUACAAUGUUAGCCAACUUGACUUUCUACACUUAAAGACAUGAUCGACUCCAUUGUUAAAAUCCUGUAAAAACAUAUUGUCUUUGUGCCAAAAGGGAGAUUGGUAGUAACGCUAUCUAUUUUAAUUUAAAUUUCAGAAAUGUUCAGUAAGUAAUAGUAAUAUAUUUAUAAUACUUUUUGAUGAUGUUGCUAAGUAAGUCCCAAAGACAAGAGAGGUGUAAAAGGACACUUACCUACAGUAAGAUCUCCCUGAUUGGUGGGUCUUUAUUAGUGCAAUAUAUAUUUCCUGGCACAUUUUAAAUUGUAUUUAUACUGUAAAUGUAUACCUCAGUUGCCAAUUUAUUGGGUACAACUAUCUGAAACGAAUGCAUGAAUACAGCAGCCCUGCAAUAAGUCCUCUAGUCUUGAAGGUUAUAAAGUCCAGUUUUUGUUGAAAUAGCUGAGGUAUGCUGGUUAAUUAAACUGUCGGCCCGGCUGCCUGCCAACGUCUCGGCGCAUGAUUCAACAGCACCAACGAGUACAGCCACGAAAGAGACCAUACAGUUGAUUUCACAUAUCUUGAACCGUUUCAACAAAGACUGUACACAACGCAUUGUUCGAAGUACAGAACUUUAUUGAUUUGAUCUAUCCCUAACAAUGUCUGAUAUGUUGUGUUCUAUAAAUCUAUGAAAAUGAACCAAAAACAGACAGGAUUUAUUGCAUGGCUGUUAGAAAUAAAUAAUAAAUUGACUAAGUCUGUUUGGUCCCCGUCAUUUUGGAAGGCCUUUUUUUCUUGUUCCAUGGAAUGUGUCACUUUGAGAGUUUUUUGAGCCACAGUGCACAUGUCAACAAGAGGCUUUAAUUUGGUAGUUUAAGUAAAGGUGACGCCUGCUGUGCAUACGAAGACUGUCGCAUCCUUUAGAGACGGGUAUCGACCGUUAUUUACCACAUGAGUUAUGUGUACAUCUUUUAAUGUCCAGUGCAUUGAGGGCGGCCGUCUCUGAGGGAAGUCUUUGUUUCUGUCCAGAGCCUGAAUGGUUCUUUUUCCUUUUUCAUUCUGGUUGAGCUCUUGGAAGGGAGAGUCCUUCCCAUCUUUGUCUUUUGACCGCACGCAGCCAUUGAAUGUUUGAUCCUAAUACUUCUAUUAAACUUUUUUUUUUCUCCCACGCCACCAAGAGGAGGGGAAACUGAAGCAGCUGUACACUGUAAAUUAAUGUGCCACAGAUUUUAUUGAAAUUAAAGAUUUUAUGUUUUUUAAUGA